GGCAUCUACAGAGGAUCCUCCCUUCCUCGUCGUUGGUGUACGCGACCCCCAACUGGACACAUACCCGAGGUAUCCAGUUCUACCACAGUCGAGAGAUUACCAGUGGGAAGUGUUGGUAGUGCUUGUUUACUCGUUUCUCCUUGGCUUUGACUGCUAGUUAAAAAUGGCAUCCGGAGUUACUGUAGCUGACAUCUGCAAGACGACGUACGAUGAAAUUAAGAAGGACAAGAAACAUCGGUAUGUUAUCUUUUAUAUCAAGGACGAGAAGCAGAUUGAUGUUGAGGUCAUUGGACCCCGUGAUGCUGCCUACGACAACUUCCUCGAGGAUCUGCAGAAAGGGGGCAGUGGCGAAUGCCGUUAUGGACUUUUUGACUUCGAGUAUACUCAUCAAUGUCAAGGCACCUCUGAGGCUUCCAAAAAACAAAAAUUGUUCCUGAUGUCGUGGUGUCCCGACACAGCAAAGGUGAAGAAGAAGAUGUUGUACUCGAGCUCAUUCGAUGCACUUAAGAAGUCCCUCGUUGGUGUACAGAAGUACAUUCAGGCGACGGAUCUCUCGGAGGCCUCUGAGGAGGCUGUCGAGGAGAAACUCCGUGCCACCGACAGGAAUUAAAAGUAUUCCGGGAACAUCCUCCCCUCAAAAGCUACUACUACAAGAAAAAGAACGACGAUAAAGAAAAAAAAGCGGAAAAAAG